AUGAAAAAUCAUCCAUCAAUUGUCAGGCCACACACUAAAAUUGCUUUAAGCUCGCUUAAUCUUAAUCCAGGAGGAGUGUUACAGCAGUCAGAUCGAGAUACGCUAGGAUCAAACGUGAUAGUUACAACAGAAAAUUUAUCAUCAUCUCAAUGCCAUGAUCUUGGAUAUUCUUCGAGUACACUUUUAUGUAGUAGUUGUGAUGAAUUAAAACAGUUCAAACUUAAUGCACUUGAAAAUUCAUGUAAAACAUGUUGUAUUAAAGAUGAAGUAGAUGCAGAAAAAGUCCUUAAAUAUCAUCGUGCAGUUCUUCAAGUGUGUUCUUGAAAAUUAGGACGCUAUGCUCAGAUUCAUUCGUUUAUAAAAAGUGAUCGACCGAGUAAAUAUCCAUCGUUUUCGAUACAAUUCGUUCGUGGACUCGAUCCCACCUUACUCCUCUAUGAUGAAAGUAAUAAACAAAUUGAAUCAUUGGGCAUAGAUAAUUGGAAUACUGAUACACUUGAUGAUUUCCUUCACGAAAAUCUUCAAACAUAAACAGUCUUUUUUUUGUAAAAUCACUAAGAACGGAUAUGUUGUGCUUAUUUUUGAUCUGUUAUUCAAUUUUUUUUCAUUUCCUUUUGCUGGCAAAUGACCAAAAUUCAUUAAACCUACUGUCCUAUGACCGGAGUGAAUUUUGUGAUUGUAACGCAAAAGGGAAAAAUGGAAAUUUUAUAACAUAUCAGAACUGCUAAUAUUUUUAUUCUUUAUUUUCACAUCUAUUGUUAUUUUUCCGUUUCUCAGGCAUUUGUGUAUUUCCUGUUCUGCUUGUCAGAAAGGAGGGGGGGGGUCACUUUUUCUUGUUUUUCGACCCACUGCCUUUUCGUCUUAAUUUUGAUCAGAUUUUAUAGAGAAAAUGAUUUUACACAUUUUUAAGUUUAUCUACACCUUUAUAAUCUUGUUGAGAAUUUUGAAAUUAAUUUUUCUACGACCAUGUCUUCGGGAUACCAGUGCUUAAUAAAAGCGAUUUUAUUCAAAAUAUAAUAUGAACCUAGGAUAAAGUUUGAUAUAGAAAAAUAGCCAAUGAAAAACUGAACAGAAUAGUGUAUGAACCAUAUUUAGGUACCAUAUUUAGGCAUGUCAUCAAGGAGAAAUAGUUCAUUUUCGAACAGCUCCUAUCUAGUGACAAUGAUUGAGCGAUCAUAUUUGCUUAAUUUCUUCCAUAAAUAAGAGAGGAUGCAACUAGUCUUUAGUAUAGAAAAGUAGCUCUUGAAAAGCUCUACGAUAUUCUGAAUAAAUAAACUAUACAUGUCAUUGACCCGAUCCAGAGAAAAUACAGCUGACGUGUGUGGUCACCGAUUAAGGGAAUCCAACCACUUAAGGGAUAUAGCAGAAUUCAUCAUAGAGGUUCAAGUAAGAUGGCAAAGGGAGAGAAUGAUUGGAAGAAAAGCCGAGUAUUACUAUAACAACU